AUGGACACCACAAUGUUUCAGCUGAGGUCGUUUGUCCAUCAGCGGCUGUACACAGCGGCAGAGGAGAUCCUCGGAGAGGUGGAGAAAACCAUAACGUUAGCUUUGUACGAAGCCGAAGUUAGUCGAUCUAAAGAGGAGGUUGAAAGUCUGCGACACCAGCUAGACCUUCUCCGAAAGAAACCAGCUGAAGAGCCCUCACUGACAAGCAACACAGUGGAACGAGGAGAUGAAUGCGAUGCCCUGCUGCUGCAGGAGAAACCUGGACCCUCAACACCAGAAGAGUCUAACUUUAGUCUGAGCGCUGAGGCCCCGGGACCCUCUCAACCCAGCGCAGAUCUGGACAAUAAUAACUGGAACUACUGCUUGGUUGAGACGGACUUCAAGAUGUCUGAGAUAAAAGAAGAGCAAGAGGAACUUGGAGAUGACAGUCAAACACAGGAGAUUGUUUUUCCUUCUCCUGAAACUGUGAAAAGCGAGCAAGAUCAGCCAGAGACACAAGUAUCAUAUGAAAGGCAGCCAGUUUCUUCAGACUGCUCUGCAGCUCAGAGUGACAACAACGGCAAUGAUGAGGAGUUGGUGAACAACAAAGGAGAACGGACCAAAACCAUGAAACAGAAAGGAAAGAUAUUGCAAGGACAAAGUGGCAGCGUUAAUAAGAAGGGCCAGGCAGCAUUGCCUUUUGACAAAUGUUCUGCUAAAAAUGAAAAGGGCCGCAGUUUUUGCCAUCUGUGCGGCAAGGGAUUUCAGUACAUCGGCUCUUUGAUGAAGCACAUAAAAACACAUGAGAACAAAAGUGAUUGCACUGUUUGCGGGAUGACACACCAGUCCACGGAAGAGUUAAUAACUCACCUGAAAGGUCGUCACAACAAGACAUUUUUUUGUGACGUUUGUGGCAAGACCUUUGCCAACAACCGUUGUCUCCGGCUGCAUGAAAGAAUACACACAGGCAUAAAAGAGUUCAUGUGUCAAGAAUGUGGCAAAACAUUUUACCGAAGAGAGCAUCUGAUUGUGCACGUGAGGACCCAUUCUGGGGAGAAACCGUAUCACUGUGACAUUUGCGGGAAAGCAUUCAGUCAGAGCCAGAACCUUACAAUUCAUAAAAGAAGUCAUUCAGGAGAGAGACCAUAUCAUUGUGGCCUGUGUGGCAAACUUUUUAACACUAGCAGUCACCUCAAAACACACAUGAGAUACCAUUCAGGAGAGAAACCCUACCCAUGUGAUAUUUGUGGUAAACGUUUUCGCCAAAGUGGACAGAUGACUAGACAUAGGACCACACAUACAGGAGAGAGGCCUUAUGCUUGUCAUGUUUGUGGUAUGAGAUACAGGUUUGCACCUAAUCUUAAGGUGCACCUGCAAACUCAUGAAAAGGCAGCCGCUGAGUGAAAACCGUUAUCGAGACAAGACCGUCUCGGAGCUUGUGCAUGAAUUAGACGAGAAAGGUUUACAUGCAUGGCAUAACUCACCUGUUGGCCGUUCUUGAGUUUAACUACAAAUCAUAUGUACUGAAAUUACUGCCAGCCAUUUUACGAAAGCAUACCGUAAGUCUGAUUUGGUACAUGUCAUGUAGCUACUGGCAUCAGUACACACUGAGGUUCUUGAGAUAAGUCAUCUCACCAGUCAUUUAGCCACCUUUAUCUAUCUGCAGAUUGAAGUUCGGCAUGCCUGACAUGGAAAUUUGCCGAGGUCAUUACAUUUUAAGAACCUAUUACAUUCAUUAAGUUGUAAGUUGCCCCACAUUUAAGGCCCUGCACACAGGUGUUUUCAGUUACUGUGGCUGAUUAGACCUCUGCUUAGGAAUGAAAGCUACGAAAUAAUACAAGCAGUAGAAAAAGAGGGUUGCUGCUUGGCUGAAGUGACUGCAAAGACAGUGACGGAGAUUAACUAAGUCAAAUUUUUUAUUAAAAUUUGUAUAAUCUACAACUUUGUGGACUGCUGCCGUUAGCCUGCUAUCUAUGCUAGCUCCAGCAGUUUAGGUUUACAACCUUACCCAUGCUAUUUUGAUGAAAUCCGGUCUGACCGCACCAUAACAGUAAAGUGAGACAGAUACGCACACAGUCUGGUGAAAACACCCGUGUGGGUGUACCAUGGGUGUGCGGGGCCUUUGACAGGUGCAACGAAACUAACACGAGAGUCACACAGAUGCCAUUCAAACUUGGCUGCACACUCGCACACAGUGAUGAGAUUAGAUCUUAUCAAACAGUUCUGGAGCUUUAACUAAAAUUAGCAAUGUUCAAUGAGAUUCAAAAUUAACAAAACAUUUUGAGUUCAGUUAUUUUAAAACUUGCCUUUUAGAGCGGUACAUGUUAUCUCUUUUAUACUGCAUGUGACCAUGCUGUAAACAUUUUUUGCCAAAGCACUUUACUCUUUUUCUACUCACACACAUUGGGAGCGAUUUGGUGUCUGUCUUGCUCAAAGACACUUUAACGUAUGUAGAAGAGGAGCGAUAGAACCACAAACCCUACUGUUAAUAACCAACCCGCUCUACCACCGGAGCUGCCGCCCUGAAGCAAGAAUAACAAAUCUACGAAUAGGUGUAUAUUAUAUUUGCUAAGAGUAAGCCAAAUGACAGACUAUCCCUGUCCACCCGUAUUGGUCCAUCUUCAGUUUGAAUGUGAAUGUCCUGUUUUUUAUAAGUUAGAUUCAUUAUGAAGACCAAUUGGAGGAGCCCCUUUACCCUUUUGUCAAAAAACCCACACAGUCUAAGUAUGUUUAUGGAUCCCUUUAGGUUUCUGUUCAUAUGAUAUAGACUGCUGAAAUAUGUUGGCACUUAUCAAGACUGUUAACUGAUCCCCAUAGGUAAAACCAAUUUCACUUUGACCAUCAGCUGCACCUCUGGAGCUGUUCUUUUUCACAUUUCAUGUAUGUAUUUUUGUAUAUUGUUCUGUGUAAUGUCUUCUUAUGGUGAAAUCAAAUUUCCAUAUGGAGGACGAUAAAGUUUAAUAACCUGUUAUAUCACA